CGAGCGACAUGCGAACCCGACAGCGUUUGUGUCAGGAUUAAGGCCCGGUCACACCGCCCGAACUUUGUUAGAGCGUUCCUUGAACGGUAGGGAGAGGUGGCCGAAUUUCAACAACGCUCGUCACCGCGCACAAAAUGGGGAAAAAACUGGAAAACACGGGCGUUGCCUUAGCGGUGCACCGCUGAAGUCGGCGUUGCUUUAGCGUUGGUUUAACGGUAGCUAGCGGUAGCGAGCGUUGGUUUAGCGGUGACGCGACCGUUGAUAGAGCGGCGUUCUGCGCAUGCGGGCGUUGGCUUGGCGGGGGUUUAAAUUUGGUUUAGCGGCAUACCGCUUUUGACUACGGAGCUGAACGGAUCGCUUUGAUGGACGUUCUGAUACAUUUUUGAUAGAAGUCUACAGUUUAAAUUCAUUAUGCCACGUGGACAAAAGAAGAGGAAGGCUGGAGAAGGAAGGGCAGCAGUCUACAAGAAGAUAAUUUCUGAGCAGGUAGCUGAACCAAUGGAGUCAGAGACCAGUCAGGCCACACCAGAAGCCACUGCUAACACAUCCACAGCCACUGCUACCACUGCCCAGGCAGGGGCAGCUGCUGAUGAAGACUCUGAUGACGAGCCCGAGGAGGCCCUGACACAGGACCAGCCUGACGAUAAGGAGCUACGCCCUGGUGAUGACCAACCUGAGGAGGGCCGUGCUGAAGACUCUGACUCUCAGCACCCACACUUGGAGAGGGACGAUGAACAGCGUCAGCCUCAGAAGAAGUCUCGCCGCAAGGCUCUCCUGCUCGACGAUGACACUCAGGAGCAACUCAUCGAGUGGGUCCGGGAGCACGAAUUUUUGUGGAGGAAGGGGGCCACCGACUAUAAGGAUACAAAGAAGAAGACGGAGCUUUGGACCAGGAAGGCAAGAGAACUGGACAUUGAGGAGGGAGCUGAAGCUCUCAGGACAUGGUGGAAGUCAGUCCGGGACCUCUACGCUAAGCUUCUCUCCAAGAAGUCUGGCCAGGCUGCAGCAAACUUGACGGACAGAGAACUGUUCAUCCAGAGGAACUGCGCCUUCCUGCACAAGGAGGUGAAGCCCAGGAAAGGUCAGCCACUUAGAAGCAUACCCCUCACACAGGAACCUGUACCCAGCCAGCCUGCAGCAGCCCAGCCCUCGGCCAGCACCUCUUGGCAGCCUUCCUACGACGUCGAGGAACAGGAAGAGGACGAGGGCUCCCUCUCGCUCAUUGAAACUCAAGCAGCAGUCACGAGGUCCCUGUUCACCCCAUCACCAGUUCCCUCCUCCACUACCACCAGACCACGACGUGCCGCCACCAGAGCCGAGCCUGCAGACUCCCCUGCGAUGCUGGAGAUGAGGGAUUGUAUGAAGACCACCAACGCCCUCAUGGAGAAACUGGUCCAAGCCCAGGAGAUCAGCCAUGAAAGGCAGCCCUUCAUCACGUACAUGUCACAGUCUCUCCAACGACUACCCGAGGCCCAGUACCAGCUCACAGUGGAGAAGAUGACGGCCAUCCUCCACGAGAUGCAGCGACUCAUCCCCCACCCCCUUCCUCCAGCUCCACCACGUCCAGCAUCAGCACUUUCAUCCACACUCACCUACCAGCAGCAGCAGCCGCAUUAUUUCCAGCCCCAGCCUCAGCAUCACGGCUUCCAGCAGCAGCCUCUCGCCUUCCAGCAACAGUCUCAGCAUCAGCCUCAGCACUUCCAGCAAUUGCAGACACUAAGAGUCAGGCAGCCAUCCUCCAACCCAAGGAGCUCCAACGAAGGACUCAUGUUGUCAGACAUGCCGAACUUUUCCUCCAUUAACCACACCAACACGAGCGCUGUCAGCGAGGGGGGGGAUUCUCCAGGACCUCCAGAGCCCGGAGAUUAACGUUCCACCCAUACCAAUCACCACCUCAGCCCAAGAGACUGCUGAUGUACUUGAAGAGGUACCGGCCACCAUCGAGGAGAUUUGAGACUGCUUGUGAUGUGUUGAAUGAACUGCUCAAAUAUUUCAUGUGAUUUUUGUUUAAGGGAUAAGCUGGCCAGCUGUUUUGAUGUUUGCUGUUUAUAGGUUGCAUGCGCACUUGUGUUUUUGGGUGGUCUCAAAAGCUUUGGGC